AUUGGUAUAAAAAGCAACUGCUUCUUGUCUCUUAAAUUUACUUUCUUCCUGCGACUAAGAAGAAUGAGUGAAUCUAAAACUCUUAUCCAAAAUGGAGAUGGUUUAUUUCAAACCCAUGUUCAGCUGGAAGAUGUUCAAGAAUUGAUUAGAGAUCAAAUGAAUACUGAAGCAAGACUUGGAGAGAAGACAAAAUAUACUGUUGUUGGAGAUGGAAAUGGAUUUAUGAGUCGUGUGAUUUUGGUUGAGCCUGAGUGGACUAUCACAGAUGAGAAUCUCCCGAAGAAAUUUAUUCUGAAAAUCACAUCAUGUCUCCAUGUCGUUGGUCUUCUUGAAAAACUAAAAGAAAGCGAACAGAACGUGAUAAAUGAUGCAAAUGAAGCUGAUUUGAUGGCCCUAUUUGAGAAUGAAUCACGACUUUUUCAUAACAGAGAAGUUAAUUUGUAUAAAAUUACGAAGAAAUGGAAUAAGAAUGAUGAGUUGUUAAGUCCAAAGAUUUAUUUUUACAAAAAGUUUGAUUCUGAGAACCAAACAAAAGGAAUAUUGGGCAUGGAAGCUGUUGAUGAUGUAACUGUAAGACAUCUCUAUUACAAUGUAAAACCAUUUGAGCUGCACUCUGUAUUAAAAUCGAUUGCCAGACUUCAAGCGGAAAGUCUUCAUUUGACUGAUCAGGAAAAACAAAGUAUUGCUGGAUUUGAUUUGAAGAAGAUGUCAAACACAAUAUUCAGUGAAGAAGGCAUGCAAAAUAAUUUUAAGCAGACUCGUGAAAUCAAUCCGGAACGAUUAAAAGAAAGCGUCGACAAAGUUGAGAUUUAUGGAACUGAGCUCGUAGAUUUGGAUAAAGCUAUUAACCUAAACAGUUACAUUGGUAUCGAACGUGAUGUCUUGGUGCACGGAGAUCUGUGGUCAGCGAAUAUUCUAUGGGAAGAGAAUGAGGGAAAAUUUUUAGUAAGCAAAGUUAUAGAUUACCAGCUCAUUCACAUGGGAAACCCAGCUGAAGAUUUGGUAAGACUUCUUCUUUGUACACUUUCUGGAGCAGAUCGUCAAGCACACUGGGAAAGGCUUUUGGAGCAAUUCUACGAGUAUUUCUUGGAAGCUCUUCAGGACAACGAGACGCCAUAUUCACUGGAGCAAUUAAAAGAAUCCUACCGUCAAUAUUUUGUUACUGCUGGUCUCUUUAUGUUGCCCAUGUUUGGACCGAUUGCACAGAUGAAACUUUCUUAUUCAUCCGACAACGAACACGCAGAAGAGUAUCGUGAAGUUCUCACAGAAAAAGCUGAACGGCUAAUGGAAGAUUUGGAACGUUGGCACUUGCACAGUAAAAACUUUAAGCAAAUCUAAAAUAGAAGUGUAAAUGAAAUUUCUAUGUAAAUAUUAUAUAAGUUGAGCCAAAUAAACCGUUUGUUGUAAAU